AUGAACUCCUAUUCACAGUCAGAAAACAGUUCUUCCUUAAAUUUUAAUUUAGGCAAGACACACGCUUCAGACAUUAAGGAAGAAGAUUUUAUAGAUCACGUAAUAAUGUUACAAAAAGAUAUCGAUUCAACAUUUGCGAGAUACAAAGCAAUAAAUAAAGAAAUUAGAAAAGAGAUUAAAGAAUUCAUAGACUUGAGAAAGUAG